AUUGCAAAAUGCCAAGCAAAAUACUUUUUAAAGAGGAUUUGGAUUUGCUUGGUUAUAUUGAAGCGACAGAUGUGAACAGCUUUACCAAAGACGGACUUCAAGAAUUUACUAACCUUCUACACGCGGUAUUGGAAGAAUCGAAAUCUAAAGACAGUCCGAUUGAUGAAAAGGCUCACUUUGAACACAUUCGUGGGUUUGUUAAACAGCUUUGUGAUAAGCUUCCAGACGUGCAUUCAAUAUUUGAUGGAGUUGAUAUUCUUGACAGGGUCGAUAUGUUUUGCGAUUUAGCCGCAAGUGAUGGUGGCACUGGAAGUCGAGAGACAUCGCUGAUAAACUCAAAUGAAUUCGGUUACCUCUUACCAUUAACCAAUCUUUCAAAAUACAUCAAGAUUAUACAGAAAUUUUCGCCGGGUGCGAUUGAAUGUUUGAUAGAAGUAAAAGACGAUACGUCGAGAGAGAUGAUUCAAGAAGCAGCGAAAGAGUUCAAGGCGAUCUUCGUCUCCGAGAACAAAUAUGUGACGACAGUCAUAAGGGAUGCGUUGCACGGGGCAGUUCACAGAUGCCUGAAGAAAACUGAGGGAAUAACUUACAAAGGGAUUAAGGAAUUGGGGCCGAAUCGCAGAUCAUGGGAGUCAAUUUCAAAAUUGAUCCCAGGUCGAUCGAAGGAAGAUCAAAUGUUAUUGGAAUGCAUUUUGGAUGGAUACAAGGAACAAUAUGAUGAUAAACAUUUAAUAUCAUCAUUUGAGAAUAAUAAUUACAACCCGGAUCUCGCUGAAAAUGAAGUGAUAUUGGAUAAAUAUCCCCACGGACCAUGCGUGCGCAUAAGGAUAGGCGGGAAGCACUGCACUGUGGAUGUUGACCUGGGCUUCUGUCUCUCAGACGCCAACUCCAAAACAGCCGAUGGUUGCUAUGUUGCUCUCCCUUUCGAAAAGAGAACGUCGCCUCAUAUGAAAGCAUGGACUCUGUCACGGUAUUACAACACCGCCAUUCUAACGCCAAGGCACCGCCUCGUAUUAAAGUUUCUGAAGUGCAUACUGUUUGAAAUUCAGCUCAUCCCGGACGUAACGACAUACGACUCGAACGCUCUUACACAAUUGGUUCGAAAACAUCAGAAAGCGUGUACAAAUAAAGAGCUGGCCAUGGGACAAGAGGAUGGGAAAGUAUCGCUCGAUGCGGCUACGGGAUCAUGCCUAUUAGAUGUUCUAUUCCGUGUGUUCGAGAUAGCUAAAGUGAAAUUCGAUGGCAGUGUAAAGGUCAAAGGAGAUGAUUACUCUUUGGAGGAUGACGACUUUACAAGUACCGCUGCGAUUCCUGACCACUUGGACAUGCUAGCACUGUUGUACAGAAUGGUGUUUGGUAUUUUGAAGUCCAAAGCAGCCUCACCGCAUAGAGAAUUUCUCACGAAAAAUCGCUGGGAUAUAAUACGUGAUAUUCGUUCAGACUUUCAAAGAUAAAUUAUAAACCAUCGUAAAUGACUGAGCUUGAAAGUUAUCAAAAGAAGGAAAUGCAGAGAUAAUCGACGUGCCUAGCAGUGAGCGAAUUACGAUAUCAGUAUCACCAUGACAACACUAUUGCCAUAGAAACAAUUCACUAAGUGACUCCCAAUGACAUAUCCUCAGUUGUAGGACAUUGUAAAUCUACUAACAUAGCGUGGUUUCAAAACUAAGUGGACUAUUGGGGCAUGCACAGCAUACGUUCACUGCAGCAAGACUCAAUUUUGCAUCUCCUGCGGGAUAUUUGCUGCUUAUUUAGAUUUCCAAAAUAUAUCAUUGGCAUAGUACACUGAGUAAAGACAAACCAUCCAUUGCUCAUUUAAUCAGUGUUUAGUUGUGUUAUUAGUGUUUCAAGUUGUUUUUU